CUUGUCAUAUCGUUACCAAACACUUUUUCUGUAUUCACCACAGAAAAACUUUAUAAAACUAGUCUGAGCCAGUCUGGCAGCACUUAAAUAGCUUUUUAUUGUAAAAUUCCGCGGGAUUUAUAGUUUGUGAAAUUCAGUCGUCGUUAAUCAUAAUAAAUUGUAAAUUGUAUUCUAGUCUUUGACAGAUUAAUUUUAUAACAACAAUGAAUGAUUCUUUUGGUGGCGAGUUUGUUCAAACGCAGGCCGGACAAGCCGGUGCUGCAUCUGGUUCAAAAGGAGAGGGAAUUGCUCCAGUAUUAAUCAAACAAAUCUUUGAAUCCUCUGAGGGAGCAUUUAAACUGUGGAAUUUAUCGUUCGGUUUGGUGUCUAUUUCAGCAAUAGUGCGUAGUAUUGAAACCUCUUCCACAAAGGUCACUUAUUCAUUGGAAGAUCAUACGGGACGCAUAGACGGGCAUUAUUGGCUUGAGGAGGGUAACGCUUCUAAAGCUCCAGAUGUAAUGAUAGACAACUAUGCCAAAGUGUAUGGUAGCAUACGUUCACAGGGUGGAAACAAAACUUUGAUGAUCUUCAAAUUAGUACCAAUAUCUGAUCCGAACGAAAUAUGUACUCAUAUUUUAGAAAUGUUGAAUGCGCGUUAUUCCGCUGAAGCAUUUUCACACGUUGGCAGUGGAAUGAGUGAAUUCGAAAAUACUGAUCAGAACACCGAAUCAACUAAUACUGCAAUAGGUCUAGAUAGCAAACAACAAAUGUUAUUAAAUGCAAUCAAAAGUUAUGCUUCUGACGAAGGUAUCAGUCGCAAUCAGUUGCAGAUGAGAUUCAACCACGUCAAUAAGAACGAAAUCAACGAAAUAUUAGAUUUCAUGACUGCAGAAGGACAUAUUUAUUCCAGUAUUGAUCCAGACCAUUUCCGCAGCACGGAAUAAAUAAUGGCUGACUUUUUCCUCACAUAUUUUUUUUAAUUUUUUUUUAAAAUUUUUUCAUUUUCAUUUAAUUUUUUAUAUUAUAAGUUUAUUGCUUUAAAAUGUUGUACUCUCUGCAUUUUUAAAGAAAGUAAUUAGAACAGAAAUACAUAUUUUGUUAGUUACAAUG